ACGCUUACGUCAAACGAGAAACGUGAUUUCCAGAACGCGGCAUAUUGCCAUAUAUGUGGAGGACCGUUCGACGCUGAUGAGCAACGUGUGUGCGACCAUUGCCAUCUUACCGGUCGUUACAGAGGACCAGCGCGCAGCGCACUCGCGCUGUAACCUGAAUUAUAAGGACUCAUACAUCGUCCCAGUGUUCUUUCACAAUCUGUCAGGAUACGACGCGCAUUUCAUUGAGAAUAUUGCCACCGGAUUCGAGGGAACCGUCGACUUCCCAUUAAUAAGGAAAAAUAUAUAUCGUUCACGAAGAACGUUAAGGACUCAACGUACGAAAAAGGGAAGAAGUGUGUCAAACUGCGAUUUGUGGACUCAUAUAAAUUCCUAAGUGCAAGUCUCGUAAAGCUAGCGUCCUAUCUCGACAAGAGCAAGCUACGCGUCACCCGGAAAGAAUUCGCGCAACUUGGCGAGGAGAAGUUCGAGCUUCUCACGCGUAAAGGCGUGUUCCCAUAUGAAUACGUCGACAGCACCCACAAGCUUAGGGAGACUGAGUUACCGCCGCGCGAGGCGUUUUACAGCUCCUUGACCGGCGAAACCGCGAGUGAUAGCGACUACGAGCACGCGACGAACGUAUGGCAAUCCUUAGGCGUAGUAAAUCUCGGCGAGUACAGUGAUAUACAUAUAUCUGAAGACGGAUGUGCUUCUGUUAACAGAUAUUUUCGAAAAUUUCCGUAAUACUCGUACAUGUAUCGAGAGUUACACGGAUUAGAUCCUGCACAUUACUACACAUUACCAGGAUACACGUGGUACGCGAUGCUAAAACACACCGGCGUGCGAUUUGAGCUGCUCACAGACACUGACAUGAUCAUGUUUGUGGAACGUGGCAUACGCGGUGGUUUGAGUCAAUGCUCGAACAGAUACGCGCGAGCCAACAACAAAUACAUUGCGUCGUACGAUUCUUCGCUACCAUCCACAUACCUCAUGUAUUUCGAUGUAAAUAAUUUGUAUGGGUGGGCAAUGUGUCAGCCACUACCUUACGCAAAUUUUCAAUGGGUCACUAACGUUACUGAUUUUAAUGUAAAUACGAUCGCUUCGGAUUCAUCCACCGGGUACAUACUCGAGGUCGAUCUCGAGUAUCCGCAGCAUCUUCACGACGCGCACGCGCCGGACCUACCGUUUUGUCCGACGCGCGAUAAGCCGCCAGGCAAGCAGCAGGAAAUGCUGCUUGCGACUGUGUAUGAUAAGAAGUACAGCUACUGGAUAAAGGAUAGCUGACUCGUCCGCCAUCUUGGAGCUCAAACGUUUGACUUCGACAAAUGCAUUUCGGCACAAGAUA